AUGAAGACGGCGAACCAGAACAAGCUUGUCAUUCUCCCCAAGAAACCCAAAUGGCAGCGGGCUUCCAAGCCCAAAGUCCGCACUGAAAAACCAACAUGUCGUCGCUGCCGUGACGGCCGCGUCAAGUGCGACGGCUAUGCGGUGCCCGACAAAGCCAAGCUACAGGCUCGUGCCGCCAUCUCUGUACCCGUCAAAGCAUAUCCUCUAUCAGUCUUCAACCCCAGUGUGGCGGAUACAUCCAUCGAGAGCUGCUAUUUCCAUCACUUCCACCACUGGACGUCAACACAACUCACCUGUGCUCCUGGGUCAUCAAACUUCUACCUAACAGUUGUCUUACCCUUAGCGCACCAAUGCGAGCCCAUCAAGCAUGCCAUCAUCGCUGUUGGUGCGGCACAUCGCUUCUUCAUGGCUGGCCAAGACACCUGCUCUCCACUUCAGCAGCUGAGAGGCUUGGCCAUGUCGCAGUACCAGAAAGCCAUCUCGCGUAUCAUACCCCACAUGUCACUCGACUCAGCUUUCGAUGUCCAAUGCACUCUUGUGUGCUGUCUAUUAUUCGUUGCGUUCGAAGGCAUCACGGGCCGAUACGCCGAAUCAAUUCGACACAUCCGUGCCGGAACCCGUCUUCUAUCCUCACCCACCCUGGCAACCAACCCAUACGAAGAGAAAAUUGCAAGCAAACUACUUGACAUGUUCUCCAGUCUUGGUUGCGAAGCGUCGGCAUUUAUGGAAGACACUAUCGUUCCAGAUAUACGGUCUGGGUACUUUGCUCUGACUUACAACACAGAGUGGAUUGAUGAGCCUUUCCGCGAUCUCGAAGAAGCAUCGAGUGCAUUGCGAAGACUAGAUGUUGAGACGGUCGAAUUGAUAUCACAAAUGCCUACAGGCGAUGACGGUGGUUGCGGAGGUUUCAAGGAUUUGGACGUGGUUGAAAGAGCACUCAUGGAAGCAUCUUGGGACCAGCUUGAACAGAGGUUUCAAGCGUGGGACAGGCGCUUUGAAUUGACCAAGAAGCACAUCGCCACGUGGGAAUACCAAGAGUGGACAUCACCACAUCUAAUGUAUCUCAAUCUGCAGCAGCAGUUCUGGAAGAUGAGCAUGACCCUCGAGCUGGAUGACGAUUCGGAGCCAGAUCCUCGGACCGUCGAGGCUUACCUCGAUGCUGCGGAAACCUUUGCACAAAAGUUGAUCAUACCGGGCCAGCCCAGCUUCUCCCUCGACGGCGAUCUCAUUUCCAGUCUAUCCUUUGUCAUAUGGUGCUGCUCCGAGUCCCAUCACCGCUACCGCGCACUGGAUAUCCUUCGAGGUCUGAACCGGAGAGAGGGUAUAUGGGACAGCAAAGACCUUACCGAGCUGCACGAGGCAGCACUCGAGAUGGAAAAUCCAAAGGAGUGGUACAAUAGGAUGAUUCCUGGUGGCGUGCCUGGCUUUAUGGCCGAACUAGCCAAGAUGUCGUCAAAGUACGGGCUGCAUAGGUCUAGGCUAUUGAUGGAGAAUCACGAUAGUGAGUAUGAUGUUCUGUGUUAA